AUGAAAGGGACAAGCUUCAGUGAAGAUCCAUGGGCCCAACGUAUACCUCGAAACCUGGACGCUGCAUGGAAGUUCAAGGUGGACAAAUGGAAGGCGUUAUUUGAAGAGACCAGCCAACAUCUCAAUCUGAAGAACACCAUUGCCGUCCAAAUGGAAAGCGACAAUCAAGAAUCAGAUGGUAUCUUUGUAUCUUCUGAUUGA